AUGGGAAGAAGGCAAUACAGUGCAAGUGGCUGGCAAAAAUCAAGACGGAUGAGAAAGGAGAGCCAUCAGUUUACAAGAGCAGGCUGGUGGCAAAGGGGUUUCAGCAGAAAGAGGAGGAAGAUUACAAAGAAGUGUUUGCCCCAACUGCUAAGUCUCCAACGCUACGUGUGCUGCUGGCGGUAGCUGCUGUGCGCAAAUGGAAGGUGAAGCAGAUGGACAUCAUAACCGCUUUUCUGUACGGCAUUGUGGAAGAGGAGUGAUAGCAAGAGAGCCAUUGCCAUGGCACGCAAUGCAGUUCUUCAUGGGUUGAACAAGCACAUGAGGAUCAAGUGGCAUUGGCUGCGGAAGGAGGUGAAGCUUGGGACACUGGAUCCGAUCUACGUGAAAACUCAGCAACAGCCAGCCGACUUCCUUACCAAGCGGCUAGCUGAAGAGCCACACUGGCGCUGUGCGAGAAUGGCGGGAAUGUCCAUGAACUAGAGACGGCGAAACAAGCCGACAGUCUGAG